UAAGUAUAUGUUUAUGCUAUGACACACAGUUUACAGUCAAGAAAUAAGCAUACCAACUUUAAUUUGAAGAUUUAAUUGCGAAGAACAAAAAGUUAUAUAUUUCCUACAGUGAAGUGGAGUAAACCAUUAGUGUUUUUCUUUAAGAAACUAUCCAAAACUGUUGAACAUUCUAAGCAAAUGUCAAACUUACUAAUAUCUCGAGGAUUCAUUUAUUUCUGAUGACAGUAAGCUGGCAUAAGCUGACAAACACCAUACAACCUGGACAUUGAAUAAUUGUUUUGUAAAUGAUGAACUCUCUGAAUCGAGAUAAGUUCUCACUCUUCAAGUAACCAGUAAUUGUUCUUGUGUCUUUUGAAAUUUCUCAAAUCAGAGAAGUUAAUGUGUUGGGUUUGUUUCUUUUUCCCUAAAAGGCAUUCCAGGCGACAGGAUCUCUCUUAACUUGCAUAUGUUACAGAAAUUAUCCCGCUUGUAUGAAAUCUCUCUCAGCAAGCCCCCUGAUGGAUAGUUUGGGUUGGCCUUACAACAGAACUUGAUGGAGCCGGGGGGUCCCAGUCCUACCCAGGAGAGGAGGAGGAUGAAAUCCAACCGCCCACCUCGGGCCUGGCACCUCAAGCUGAGGUGUCUCUCCCACGGACCCUCACAAACAAACACCCGGUCAUGUACCUCAACGAGUUAAAACGUAACCUGACAUACCAGCUGGUGUCUGAACAGGAAGUGGACAAAGAGAAACUCUACACCAUGUCCGUGGUGAUCGACGGGAGGGAGUUCAAUGGAACAGCCAAGAGUAAGAAGCUGGCCAAGAUGGAGGCGGCCAGGGUGGCUCUAGAGUCGCUGUAUAAUGCUGUGUAUGUGCCAGAUCUGGAAAAUCAAGUUAACCAAACUCAGGAGACAGCGGAAGUUCCUUGGGUCAAAGAUGAGUCUGGUAUAAAAACUGAAGAGGAAGAAGGGGAAGAAGAAAAGUCAGGCAUCAUGCUGGGAAAACGCAAGUUUCCGGAAAAUGGGACGCAGAUUAUUCUAAACAAGAAAAGAAAAAUACAGACUGCACCAGUUGCAAAAAAUGCCCUGAUGCAGCUCAAUGAGAUCAAACCUGGGCUUGAGUUUCAGUUUGUGGCUCAGUCUGGGCCAGUUCACGCCCCGACUUUCAUCAUGAGUGUAGAGGUCAAUGGGACAAAGUUUGAAGGUCAAGGACCCACCAAAAAAGCUGCUCGUCUGAGUGCAGCAGAGAAGGCCCUGAAGUCCUUUGUGCAAUUUCCAAAUGCCUCUGAGGCCCAUAAAGCCUUGGGGAGGCAAGUGGUUAAUGACGGAGACUUUACAUCGGACAAUGCAGAGGCUUCAAAUGACGUUCUAUUUAAUAACUUUGAAACUAAUUCAGAAAACGGCUCCUCAUGUGAGAUUUUACCCAAAGACAAAAUUGGCAUGAACAAUUUGCCGAAGGCUAGAAAAUCUGUGGUGCCGUCCGUACCAGAUGGCAAGAAUCCGGUCAUGAUUCUGAAUGAACUGAGGCCCAGUCUGAAGUAUGACUUUGUGAAAGAACACGGUGAAAGCCAUGCCAAACAUUUUGUGAUGUCAGUGGUUGUGGAUGGGAUCAAGUUUGAAGGAUCUGGUCGAAACAAGAAGCUGGCUAAAUCCCGGGCCGCUCAGAUGGCUCUCACCAAACUGUUCAACCUGGACUUCUCCACACAUCCAGGCACUAAACCAGUACCCAAAGAAUCUCACACCAAUGUUCCCCAGGAGCUGGCAGACUUAGUCUCACGGCUCGUCCUGGAAAAAUUCUGUGAACUGACGGACAAUCUGACCUCUCCGUACGCCCGGAGGAAGGUGCUAUCAGGGAUCGUCAUGACAACCAGUGACAACGCAGAGAAUGCCACGGUGAUUUCUGUCUCCACGGGAACCAAGUGUAUUAAUGGAGAGUACAUGAGUGACCAGGGUCUAGCAGUCAACGACUGUCACGCCGAGGUCAUAGGUCGAAGGUCACUGAUGAGAUACCUGUACUUUCAGCUAGGAAAGCACUUAUCUGGGAAUCGACUAGAAAAGGAGUCUUCAAUAUUCCAGGAAAAGGAAGGAGGUGGCUUUAAGCUGAAACCCAACAUUCACUUUCACCUGUACAUCAGUACGUCCCCGUGCGGUGACUCGAGAAUUUUCUCUCCUCAUGAAGCAGCUCAGGAGGUGGAGGGUGGAGAUAAACAUCCGAAUCGUAAGGCGCGAGGACAGCUGAGGACCAAGAUAGAGUCUGGGGAGGGCACAAUCCCUGUGACCUCCUCAGGGGGCAUACAGACAUGGGACGGGAUUCUGGAGGGGGAGAGGCUGCUGACCAUGUCCUGUAGUGAUAAAAUUGCCCGCUGGAAUGUCCUGGGGAUCCAAGGUAGUCUCCUGAGUCACUUCAUUGAGCCCGUCUACUUUGACAGCCUCAUUCUUGGUAGUUUGUAUCAUGGAGACCAUCUAUCUAGGGCUGUUUAUUCACGCAUAUCAAACAUAGAAAACAUCCCACCCCCAUUUCGUCACAAUCAGCCGUUCAUGAGUGGAAUCAGCAACCCAGAGAGUCGUCAGCCACGAAAAGCUCCGAACUUCGCUGUCAACUGGUGCGUGGGUGACGCAGGUCUGGAGGUAAUUAACACGAUGACUGGUAAGACGGAGCAGGGGGCGUCCUCACAGGUGUGUAAACAGGCCUUCUUCAAACGAUUCCUUCAGCUGUGUGGCAAAAUCCCUACCCUCACUGGACAGUCGGUGACUCCCCUACCCAAGGUGUACGCUGAUGCUAAAGUCACAGUGAUGGAGUAUCAAACGGCAAAACAACAGAUGUAUCAAGCGUUCCAAAACGCUGGUCUAGGACGCUGGCUUAAGAAGCCUAUUGAACAAGAUCAUUUCUUUGUAUCACCGAGCUGAUAAAAAGUGUGUGUUAGAUAGUGAAUCUUCAUGACCCCAAAUGUUCAACAUUUGUCAGACUUCAUUGGGUGUUUUUCGUCAUCCUGUUUGGUGUGUUAUAAUUGAGAGGGUCCACUGAGACCUUGUAGUGACUCUUACAGAAGAUGAACAAGUGAGUUUUCGUGUCAGCUUGCUUCAUCAAACUUUUUUAUCAGACUUCAGUCAUCUACCAAUAAAUGUCAGAAAUGACCCAUGUGGCCAAUCCGAGCAUUCUCCAUUAGAUUCAGCAUUCCUGUUUGACAGUAGUGAUUGUGGAGGCUCAUCCUUUUUGCUGUAAUAUAAAUGCUUCCGAUUAAUUCUGAGGUUUAAGACUUCACAGGCAGAAAUUUGAGGGGGCAACUUCACAAGAAGUCGCUGUUUUUUCUUUUGAAUCCUGUAUCAUAUGUUAUUAGUAACUAAUUCUAGAAUUUAUUCCAUUAACUGUAAGAACUGAUUAUGUCCUUGAGAACUGAUCCCUGCAUUUGAUGCUCUAGGAAUUAUUUACUUGAGAGGAACUAUUUAUAGACAAACGUUAAUUUUGUUUUAUGUGCGAGCCAGCUGGUUCAUAGGACCUAGUUUACCACUCCAAGUUGUCUCCCCUUGAACAGAGUUUAACAAUCACUAUGUAUUACGUGUCUGAAAAUUUGUUCUCUUUAUAUGUUUGUGUGAAUGUGUAUAUUUAUCAAUUUGUCAACCUUGUGAUGAGAUCAUUUCUACAUUUUGUUGUUAAGGAAUCACUAUUUUUUUUUUUACCAUUUUGUGAAUGUUUUGAGUAUCAAAUGUCAUACCAAGAAAUGAAUGAUAUUUUUUAUUUGUCUACCAAAAGCAGUACAUGUUUUGUUAAGAUGUUGAUAAUGUAAUUGAAGUAAGAAAAAGUGAUUAUGAAAAUAAAAAAAUGAUAUUUAACCUGGUGC